AAAAUAAAGAAAAAUAAGAAAAACGACGCACGACGCUGUCGACGCUGUGGUCACAGCAGGAUUGUUGCAAUCAUUUGGUGUAAUUAAAGUCACGUUUCGUAAGGUAACUGGUAACAAAAAUGGGUAGCAAAAAACACAAGAAGCAUCACAAGUCCGAAAAGAAAGAACCCAAGGAAGACGAUCGGCAAGAAAAGUCCCUGAAGCUAGUGCUGAAAGUAGGUGGUAGUGCGGGCGGAGUCCAAACGCCUGUUCCAUCACCUGUUGUGGCUGCAUCUUCGUCACCGUCGGCUGCCAUGUCUCCUCAUGUCGGAGGGAACCACCAUGGAGAGGCGUCGUCUUCGUUUCGGGUGGAGGGUGGCGUUGUUUGUCAUGCCCACGAAAGUAGCAAGCACAAGAAGUCUAAAAAGAAAAAGAAGAAGAAAUCAAGCAGCAAGGAGCACCGAGAAAAAAAGCACCGACAUCAUCAUCGCCAUCGCCACCAUCGUCAUCAUCACCAUCACAAGGACCCUGAGAAGAAGGAGAAACGCAAAUGUGAACAUGACUGCUCUCUGAGUGAAGACCGAUUGGCCAUGCCAUCGACUCAGACGGCAUUAGAGCCUCCUCCUGCCAAGAGACCCCGUCACGAGUUGUCACCUCAGGAAGGUCCAUUUUCACCUUUUCAAGCCCCGACUGAGCGCCCAUCUCGAGACCCGCGGACCUGUACCCUCAAGAAGGUCUCGGAGAAAAGCCCCCUCCAAAUGCUGCUCUACCACCUGCUCGAUAAUCUGCAAAAGCGAGAUCCUAAAGAAUUCUUCACUUGGCCCGUAAGUGACGUGCUUGCUCCAGGCUACUCCAACAUCAUACACAGUCCCAUGGACUUCAGUACUAUGCGGAAAAAAAUUGACGAUGGAGACUACUCGUGCGUUUCCGAGUUUCGGGAUGACCUAAAGCUGAUGUGUGAUAAUGCCAUGACCUACAAUAGAUCAGACACUGUGUACUACAAGUCAGCCAAGCGUAUGUGGCACUCUGGAAACAAGCUAAUGUCCAAGGAACAGCUUUUGGGGCUGGAGUCUUCACUGUCUUUCUUUCCGGAGCUGACGUCAGAAGAUCUUGGUUUUGACAUCAGGGGUGUCAUGUCGGCAUCCCCAGAGACAAAACCAGCUACAGAUACGACAGACCAUCCAUUGCCUGCAGAAGUACCGUCCAUCGGCAGUCCCGAAGCGGCUAAGAAGUGUAAGAGUGGACCGGAAGAAGGAUCGUUGGAGGAUCAGGCAUCCAAUGAGAUCCUAAUUCAAGCUCAGAAAGCUGCCCAGGCUGCAGCUGGAAAACUCACGCUUAAGAGACCCAACAGCAAGUUCAGCUUCCUACGACAGAUGCCAGAUGGAAGCACGACGCUCGCAAUCCUCAACCCUGAUUGUGGAGCCAAUGGUCCAAAAGAGAUGAAGGUCAACUUAGAAAUGCUGGUUGGCAAACUCGCUCAUGGGACAGGGACUCUUAUGGAUUUCAAAGAUGACAUUAAGAACAUUGCACGGCCAAUCAAUUACCUAAACUAUGGGACCUACAGCACCUAUGCACCUCACUACGACUCUACCUUUGCAAACCUUUCGAAAGAAGAGUCCGACUUGGUUUAUUCUACGUAUGGUGACGAGCUCGGUUUUCAGUACGCCGAAAGCUUACUUAGCUUUGCCAAAGACUGUGACUAUGUCAUGGACAUGGUGGACAACCUGUUGGACAUUCUAACUUCGGGGGAGCAUUCGAAGACUGUCAGAGUGCUGGAAGCUCAUCGCAACGGAAUUGUGCCAGAGGAGAAGGACCUGCUGCAUUUUGCAAAACAUGACGAAGUUGACAACGCUGAGGCUGAAGCGGCCGAAGUUACACAAAAUGACAGUCGGCCACCCGAUGCCCUUUGUGCCCUCAACGACCUAACAGCAGACUCCACAGUUGGCGACAGUAAUCAUGCAAAUCAUGUCAGUCAUCAGAACUUUGUUGAGUGGCACGAGCCACAUGUUUACCAUGAACAUCAUGAUCAUCACGACCGGCAUGAUCAUUCACAUAACACAGUUUCAGAGUCAUCACCGCUGGACAGUGCAGACAGCGACGUCAAUGCUGUUCUGCAGCAGAAACUUCAGGAGUCCACAGAGAUGAUCCAGACACUGAGCCGACUGCAGCGUGAGCGCCUCAGUGCCACCCCACCGGCCCACCUGGGUCACAUCCAGGGAGCCAGUGAAUUAGAGUUGGAGCUGGCGGAGAAGGUAGCGAAGACUCUCUCGGAAUUGGCAUCACAUGCCAAGCCGGGAAGCAUAGUGAGUGUGGAUGCCAUUCGCAAAGCCAUGGGCAUCAACUACCCACCCACUGGAUCUUCGUCCUGCCACCACCAUCACUCAUGUCCUCACGUCACUUCGCCGUAUGGUGUGUCAACGCAUGACCUCCCAGACAGCAGCAGCAGCAAUGAUGUCUCCCUACGCACCAACGACUCUCCACCUUCCAACACUUGAUUGAGUGAGGCUGGAAACACCAUGAACCCUGACUCUCAUUGCCACACAUUCAAAACCUUAAGGAGAGUGUUGCACCUUUCCGACCAAGUUGUCUCAAGCAAGCGCUACGAAGUUGCAAGACUUGUCAUUCACUUUGGAGGCGGCAGACUUCCGACGGAAAAGUGGGCUGUCUUGUGGUGAUGCAUCAUCAGUGUAACUUCCCGCAUGGUUUCAAAGAUUGGUCCAUGUGGCACAUGGUGUGACACCCUCCGGACACUUGAAGUUGCCGAAGUUGGACGCAAAAGUAUUUGUUUGGUGUGUGUAGCCGGGAAGAAAGCUAUGGCAUCCUAGGAAAGACUGGUGCAGUGCUUGAAUUAUUGACUGUGAUUUUUUAAAGCUCUAAAUGGUGGAUAUAAAGUAGCAGACGUAAAUAUAUAUAUAUAUAUAUAUGUUUUUCAAACUAUGUGUGACACUGCUAAAACUUGUAAAUGGUUGUGUGACAACUGCUAAGUUUUGUAAAUGCAUGAGUGGUUGUGUGAAUGCUCAAUAGGGUGUAAGUGACAACUGAUCCCAGCAAAGUGCACUUAUACCCCUGUUGGAUGGCACACUUAAAUGCCAUUUAUGCUGGAAGCCCUUGCGAUUUAUAAAAUGCAUUUAAGCAUUCCCCUGCCUGGCAGUAUCUCAUUUGCCUCUGCUGCCAUAUAGGAAAACAUAAUUUCCUGUAGUUCUAGCUGUCCCUAAUGGCAAACUUUUUCUGUCAAAAUCUGAUACUUGUUAUUGAGUUCCAUACUAUUUGAUUUUGCAGUUGCUUUUUCUGAAUCUGAUGCAAUUCCACAUUGAGUGUAUGUUAUUACAAAUUGGCAGCUAUAUUAUUUGGUUGAACUCUCGGAGAAGGUUGAGCUGAGCAGUACUGUCUCAUUCAUAGCCUCCCCAGCACAAGGAUAGGCCAUAUCAUUUGAUCCAUCCAACUAGUAGUAUUCAAUCAGUCCCUCUUAAUAUGACUACUGUCAGUUUUUCUAUGAAUGUUAUAAACCAAAGAAUUAAUGUUUUGCUUUUAUUUACUGAACUUCCAGUCAAAAUGCAGGUGAAGAGAAACCUUGGCAGGCCUCUUUUUGGUUUUUAGCUGCAAACUAGAGAUUGGAUUGUGCCUCCAACAGAGAGGCCAAAGUCAGUUUUCAUUUGCCACAUCCCACCUUCAUCAAACAUUGCAUCACUUGGAAUGCAGUCAUCUGUGUACGAUCUUCUCCAGCCAUGUUAGCAAUCAAUCUUGUUUUAUGCAUGCAGGAAAAAACACUAAUGGUUGAUCUUCAAAUGCUAAGUAACACUAAUUUUUUUUUUCUAAGGGUUGUUUGACAGGCAGGUAACUACAUUUUGACCUAGAAACUCGUGCUUUGUUUUUGUUUUUUUUAUCCCAGUGGUAAUUUUAUGUUUUAUUUGUUUGUUUUGCACCUACCACGGCUACACUGAACUGAGUGGGAAUUGAUUGAAAUCCAACUUUUUCUCUUCAGAAAGUAUUAUCAGCUGCUCCACCAUAUCAGUGACAUUUCGAGGACCUCGAGGAGUACUUGUUUUGACAGAUGGAAGUUUCACACAAGGAUGUCCUUCCUCAAUCUGCUUCCGCUAUCUGUAAAGUAACCUGUUUUGUUGUUAAUGGUGGUGGUGUUUUCAUUGAGAGAAGCAUAAAGGCACAGGCUGGUUGUGUUUCCAUUAAUGUUUUUUUUUAUUUUUUUAUUCACCAGUGUAGGAAAACAUGCUUUGUAUGCAUAUUCUUUGAGACAAUCUUGCUUUCACUCAGUUAUGGUAGCAGAAAAAAUGCACUUAGUGAUAAGCUGCCUCUAAAAUAGUCCUAGUCUUAGUCAUAUGCUAUGUCCAGCUUAGAAUUUCAGUUAUAUAACAUCCAUGUCAUAUUAACAGCUCCCCACAAUCUUGAUUUAUUUUCUCUUGCUUAACAGGAGUUGACUCAGUAUUGAAAGUUUUACAGAAAAGCAACCCCUCUAUUAAUGCAUUCAAUCUGGAUGCUUAUUUUGGAGGAGAGUUUAUCCGAAGACAUAUUUUGUUCAAAUGUUAUGAAGGUGGUCUUGGCAGGAGUAAACACUUGAGAAACUGAAGGCAUUACCCAAUUCUUUUUAACCUACACUAUUUUUUCUUCUUUUUUUUUUUUUUGUGUGCAUAAAUGGCAUUUGGGUUGUACCUGUUAGCAGGCUGGAUCUCAGAAGAUUUUGAGAUGACUGUCUGACAGAGGUAUCGGUGUAUCUGUGUAGUUGGUUUGUUGCCUUUUUUUUUUUUUUUCUUUUAACAAUGUUGUGUAUUUGGAAUGAGUAAAUCAUCACACGGAGAUGAGUGACUGCUAAUUAUUGACAUGCUGCAGGUUUGCCCCUGUGUCGUUUCCUCCUCCUGCAGCUAAAUAUGUUUUCAAAUGACUAACUAAUUUGGUGAGCUGAAUUUUUUACAGACAAAUGUGCCAAGUGAGGGCUAGAAAGGAAGGACUUUGCAAUCCAAAGAUGUGUGUAAAAUUGGGAUGGUGAGAAUGAUCUGGUGCUUUCAGCUUUUGGUACUUUAUUCAUUUCAUCUGUUUGGAGGAAGCUGCUCCCAGUCGUGUGUGCCCACCCCUUCAUAAGGUAUCUUUUGUAGUCCUGCUGAGACAGUCGUUUUUCACAGAUAAUUGUGUGAAUAGUGCGUGUGUAUAUACAUAUUGAGAGCAGUCAUGGAAACCUGUUUUUCUAUUAGACAUGCCAUCAACCACUGCAGACCGAAGUAAAACGUUAAAAAGGAAAUAGCAGAUCAAUGUGCUGAAACAGCCACAACUGAAUUGGCCUGAAUUAUUUGGCUGGUUGCUGGUCCAAUAUUGGACUACUGAAAUGUUCUAGGAUUCUUGUGGUAUUUGCAAAGGUCUGGCGAAAAAAAAAAAAAAGCUCAUUAAAGCAAUAUUUGGGAAAA